CUUUCCCCUUUCUUCCAUUUUAUAACAAAAUACUAAAAUUUUCAAUUCAAUUAUUUUGGAAAAAAAAAAAAAGAGAGUUUCAAACACUAAAAAAUAAACCUCUUAAAAGUAUGCAAUUUGCAUCAAUUUGGUGAUUUCGUCCAUGGUUCUCAGAAGUGAAAUGGAUGGCAAAGAGCAGCAACCGUGCGGAGUGGACGCCGGCGGGGAGAAGAAGAGCUUCGUGAUAAAGGUUCCUUCGUAUCAGGAUGUACUUGCGGCUUCACAGUCGGAAAAGGCGCCGCCUUCUCUCUUCAAUCCGACUAGUUCCUUCUCACGCGCCUUCAAUUUCGUCAAGGACUCGGAGUUCUACUCUCAGCCGCCUCCGCCGCCGCCUCCGCCGCCGCCUCCGCCGCCGCCUCCCACUUCAUCAUCUGCUCCGAGGCCAACUAUUGAAUCAGAAGGCCCCUCUUCAUCAGCUAUAAAACCAACACCAUCAUCCGCGGCUGCUCCACCCUCUAGAAAUGCUAUACUCGUAAGCCAUAGGCAGAAGGGAAACCCUGUGCUUAAACAUAUACGGAAUGUUAGAUGGGCUUUUGCAGAUAUCGUUUUUGACUAUCUACUGGGACAGAAUGCUUGUGCCCUAUAUCUUAGGUUGGAGCAGGAGCUGACAAGUGCCAACUAUUUCAUUUGUUUACCAUUUACCAAUUCACCAUAUUUCCAUACCAGUACAGUUAGAGUUUUAGUUGUAUAAAAAUGACGUUUAGCUAUCAAAAUUGGCAUUUCUAUAUGGCCAUAUGCAUAGAAUAGUUCAAUUGAAGUUGCAUGUUAAAUGAGCUGGUAUAAUCAAGCUUUUUUUAUACAUAUGCUUCAAGCUCCUGUUUAAAUGAUUUGAUAGCCAUGUUCUCUCCUUCAUGUAGUCUUCGAUAUCAUCUGCUUCAUCCAGACUAUUUGUAUUUUCGGAUAAGAGAGUUGCAGAAGAAUUUCAGGCUUCGUGUUGUUUUGUGUCAUGUUGAUGUUGAAGAUGUUGUUAAGCCUUUACUUGAAGUUACGAGGACUGCAUUACUCCAUGAUUGCACUCUGUUAUGUGCUUGGAGUGCUGAGGAAUGUGCACGCUACUUAGAGACAGUAAAAGUGUAUGAAAACAAGCCUGCUGAUUUAAUUCAAGGCCAAAUGGAUACAGACUAUCUAUCUCGGCUGAAUCAUGCUCUCUCAUCAAUUCGGCAUGUCAACAAAACAGAUGUUGUCACCCUUGGAUCUACGUUUGGGUCUCUCUCUCACAUCAUGGACGCAUCCAUGGAAGAUCUUGCUCGUUGUCCUGGUAUAGGAGAUCGCAAGGUGAAACGACUAUACGACACUUUCCAUGAGCCUUUCCAGCGCGAAGGGUCUAAGCAUGUAGUCCCUAAAGCUUCUGCUAAUGAAAAUAUUGGGCCAAGUUCAGUCACUGAAAUGGAGGAAAACAAGACAGAAGAAGUAGAUGCAAAAAAGCACCGGGAUAAAGAAGAACCCGACAUAACGAUCAAGUCGGCGCUCUCAGCUGCUUUCGCCAAAUACUCUCAUAAAGUUGGUAGAAAUUCGAAUAAAUCACAAUAGGAAGAAGCUCAAGGGGUAAAACAAGAGCAAUAUCUAACCAAACAGCAAGGAGAAUUGUGAACAAGCAAAUUGUGGUUGGUCAAGAAAUUGAGAGAGAACCAACCGUUUCAAGAAAGCGGAAGUCGAGAUUGGUGCGAUGGAACAAACGGUUCCACGAGGACUUUAUACAUUUUGUGAUUUAGCCAUAUAGGCGAGAGUAAAUUCCAUAAAUGACCCCUUAUAACACGUGGUUUUCCAUAUUUAGUCCUCAAUUCUAAAUUAUUGCAUUCGUGGUUCUCAAUUUUCAAAAACUAUUACACAAGUCCUUUGGAGUCUGUGGGAAAAAAUAUUUGGUCAUAUUUGGCCAUAUUUGGCCUUAAGGACUAAUCAUGAAAAAAUUGAGUAUCAUAAAUGUACUGUAAUUAGAAUUGGGAACUAAAUAUCAAAAACACCUGUUAUAAAGAAUCAUUUAUGAAAUUUACUGUUUAGGUGAUGAUCUUUUUGGUAUGAGCAAUGCUACGUUCACAAACAAAAUUGUAACAAAUUU